AUGGGGGAGCGGUUCGAGUGGAUGGCGUUUGGGGACAACGUCUCCGGCUCACAAGCGAGGGGCGGGAAGACGAACCUCAUCAGCGCCGAGGAGGAUGUCCCUAUCUUCCUGCGAGAGGAUGCCGGAACGGGCAGGACGGGCACCUCGCAUGGAACGGCGGCGCCAGGGAGCGCAGAUCUCGACGCAAGGGACGGGACGCCGGCGUUUCUUCUAGGCUACCCAGCAGCUGGUGAGUCGCCCAGCUUGAGUGGCGGCUUCACAUCCGCGGGUUCGCCGAUGUGGGAUGGCGCUCCUCAGCAAAGGCAAUUUGCAUCGCCUGCAGCGCUGGGCCACUCUGGAGGCGCUGGCGAAGUGCCCGCAACGUCGUCAGCGGCGCUUUACGCGGACCAGCCCUCCGCUGCUGUUCUGCAGUUCACAGGCGACAGUGGACGCGUCUGGGGUGGGCUGCAUCGUGUUCGCAUCCUUGGCAAGGGCAACUACGGCUGCGCCACCCUCUACUCAAUGAAGGACGAUUUCUCCGGCGGCGUUUCCCCAACCCACGCCGUUGUGGUGAAGGACAUCAACAUGCAGACGAUGCUGAACCCAUCGGAGGAGAUCCUGGCCGUGCGGAACGAGCUGAAGGUCCUCCGCACCGUGCUGGGGCACCCGAACCUGGUGCAGUACGUGGACGCCAUGUUUGACGCGCGGCCGCCCAACUGCCCGGUGUCGUUCAUCAUGAUGGAGUACUGCGCUGGGGGCGACCUGGCGGCGGUGAUGGCUGGCUGUAGCGGGGGCAGUGUCGCCUCUGAUGAGGCACUGUCCUCGCCCGUAUCCACUCCGCUGUGCGCCACGACCGCAGCCACGGCGGCCGGGCUUGGCCAUCUGACAGAGCCGCACGUCACGUCGCUUUUUAUCCAGGUUGCCGUGGCGCUCCAGUCGCUCCACACCGAGUACGGCAUCCUGCACCGUGACGUGAAGCCGCACAACAUCUUCUUGCUCGAGGAUGGCAUGACGGUCCGCCUCGGCGACUUCGGCAUCUCCACCCAGCUCGACCGCGUCGGCGAUAGGGCGAAGGAGGCGUGCGGGUCGCCCUACUACAUGGCGCCGGAGCUGCUCGAGGAGCGGGCCUACGGUGCGGCCGCCGAUGUGUGGUCGCUCGGCGUUGUUUUCUACCAACUCAUGGCGCGCCAGCUGCCUUUCACUGCCACCUCAGCGGCGGAGCUUCGCUCGCUUGUGUGUCGCGGGCGCUGCACACCCCUCCACGAGCUCCAUAACGAGGCCACGUCUUGCUACUCGCAACAGUUCAGAGAGCUAGUGAGCUCGCUGCUGACGGUGGAUGCGGCGGCGCGGCCGACGCUGCGCCGUGUGCUGCGUCACAAGCACGUGCGUGAGUGUCUCAAGUACGUCCCUGUGAGUGUCUUGACGGCGAAGAAGCCGCAGCCGCCCGCACGGGUGUCCUGUUCAAGUGCAAUGCCGUCAUCCUUGCCACGGCCGUUGAGCGCGGACGGGCUGUACGCUGGCGUGUUCGGUGCUGAUGCAGUAGAGCGGGCGGUGUCGCACGCCGUCCACGCUGGUGUGCAUCCAAUAGUGAACCGCGUUCAUUCCUUAUAA